GGAAUCGAUCGAUCGAUGGGGGACUCGUCGGUGGGCGCCCUCGUCCCCUCCGUGGUGAAGGCGGAGGCGGCGGCGGCGGCUCCCGCGACCUCCGCAUCCGCCCCGGCGCCGUCCUUCUCGGAGACCACGGACGCCGCCGGGGGCGCCGCGGCGGCUGCGGCGGCGGCGGCGGCGGCGGCGGCGGAGGAGGAGAGGGGCCCGGCCAUGGCGGUGGAUGCGGCGGCGGCGGCGGCGGAGCUCGACAAGGACCUGCUUUGCCCCAUAUGCAUGGGGAUGAUCAAGGACGCGUUCUUGACCGCGUGCGGCCACAGCUUCUGCUACAUGUGCAUCGUCACCCACCUCAACAACAAGAGCGAUUGCCCCUGUUGUUCUCACUACCUCACCAAGAACCACCUCUUCCCCAAUUUCCUCCUCGAUAAGGUACUGAAAAAGACCGCAGCCCGUCAAAUUGCAAAAACUGCAUCACCUAUGGAGCAUCUUCGUCUAGCACUGCAACAGGGAUGUGAAAUGUCAGUUAAGGAGCUAGAUGGCCUGUUAAGACUUCUUGCUGAGAAAAAGAGGAAAAUGGAACAACAAGAGGCCGAGACAAACAUGCAAAUACUGCUUGAUUUCUUGCAAUGCCUGAGAAAGCAAAAACUAGACGAGUUGAAUGAGGUGCAAACUGAUCUACAGUACAUCAAAGAAGAUAUAAGUGCUGUGGAGAGGCACAAAAUAGAAUUGCACCGUGCCAAAGAGAGAUACUCCAUGAAAUUGCGCAUGCUUUUGGAUGAUCCUGUUGCAGCGAAGAUGUGGCCUUCCACAGCUGACAAGAAUAGCAAUCUCUUUCUCUCCAAUGCUCGCAACUCUCUUGUUGGUGUUUGUUCUGGAAAUUUACAGGGUAAGAAAGUUGACAUGAAGGCCCAAAAGAACAAUCAAGGCUUCCAAAGAAGAGAUGGUUUUACCGGUUCAGAGCCACCAAAUCCUCUAAUUCAAUCAGGAGUUGCCAUAGCUAGAAAGAGACGAAUCCAUGCACAGUUUAGUGAACUCCAAGAAUAUUAUUUGCAAAAACGGCGUCUUGGUGCAAAUCAACAAAGUAGACAAGAAGAAAGAGAGAUUAACAGUAUAAGCAAAGAAGGCUAUCAUGCAGGUCUUGAGGACUUUCAGUCUGUGCUGACAACAUUUACUCGAUACAGUCGCUUGCGUGUCAUCGCGGAACUUAGACAUGGAGAUCUCUUUCACUCAGCAAAUAUUGUAUCAAGAUGCAGCAUAGAGUUUGAUCGUGAUGAUGAGCUGUUUGCCACUGCUGGAGUUUCAAAACGUAUUAAAGUCUUUGAAUUCUCCACAGUUGUAAAUGAACCGUCAGAGGUACACUGUCCUGUUGUAGAGAUGUCAACCCGGUCCAAACUUAGUUGCCUAAGUUGGAACAAGUACUCAAAAAACAUUAUUGCAAGCAGUGACUACGAAGGAAUAGUGACUGUUUGGGAUGUAAAUACUCGCCAGAGCGUGAUGGAAUAUGAAGAGCACGAAAAGAGAGCAUGGAGUGUUGAUUUUUCACGCACAGAUCCAUCAAUGCUAGUAUCUGGUAGUGAUGAUUGCAAGGUCAAAGUUUGGUGCACAAAGGAAGAAGCCAGUGUGGUUAAUAUUGAUAUGAAAGCAAAUAUCUGCUCUGUCAAAUAUAACCCUGGAUCAAGCAUUUAUGUUGCUGUGGGGUCUGCUGAUCAUCACAUUCACUAUUUUGAUUUGAGAAAAACAAGUGCUCCAGUCCACGUUUUUAGAGGGCACAGAAAAGCAGUUUCCUAUGUGAAGUUCUUAUCUACCAGUGAGCUUGCAUCUGCGUCAACAGAUAGUACAUUGCGCUUAUGGGAUGUAAAAGAUAAUUCUCCUGUACGCACAUUCAAAGGCCACACAAAUGAGAAGAAUUUUGUGGGUCUUACGGUAAAUGGUGAAUACAUUGCUUGCGGAAGCGAGACAAACGAUGUUUUUGUUUACCAUAAGGCCAUCUCUAAGCCUGCAGCUUGGCAUAGAUUCGUAUCGUCCGAUCUGGACGACGCGGAUGACGAUGCCGGAUCAUACUUCAUAAGUGCUGUUUGCUGGAAAAGUGAUAGCCCUACUAUGUUAACUGCGAACAGUCAGGGGACCAUUAAAGUUCUGGUGCUUGCUGCUUGAUUACCAAUGAGCUUUGUACCGAGGACAAAGCUCGCCUUCUUAUGAUUCACUUGUACAUUACAUGUACUUCGUAAGUGGCUUCGACACGCUUUUCUUUUAAUUUAUUUUCUCAUUCUUAUCUGCUAUUCUUAUAUGGAACAAGAAGGCCUUUAUCAGGUCAUCGAUCCUAGCAGCAGUUUUGAAGAUAAUCAAUCAGGUUUAGGCAGAUUAUGUACAUACAGCAACUUGGUUUACACAGUAUAUUAAUGCACUGUUGUUGAUCUGAUAUAUCAUGCAUUUAACAUUAGUGCAGGUGCUUCCAUUAGUAGUUUCUGAGAUUUUUGUUUUUCGUGGUCGACAAUUAACAAUCUUUUUCUCCAAUUAAAUGUGGACCGUGCUUCUGUGAUGAGAAA